AGCAAUUCUCUCGCAGUACUUCGAUGUCAAAAGCUGAACUGUCUUGCACAAUGCACUUGUUUGUGAGAUGUUUAAAUUUGUUUCCGUAAAUCGUUUCAAAAGGAGGAAGUUCAACCAAUUCCGAAGUUUAAUCGUAUUUACAGACUUUUUGCAGGUGUAUAACUGACCACAUGCCGUUUUGUUGAUGGCCAUGUGACUUAAACAUCAUAUGAUCAGUGCAGAGCAACAACAACACGAUGGGUCACUUGAGUAUUUUAACGUUACCUCUUUAUUUACUUUUGUUCGGCAAAUGUUAUUGUCAAUACGAGCCCACCUGGGAAUCAAUUGACUCGAGACCUCUACCGGAAUGGUAUGAUCAAGCCAAAUUCGGUAUCUUUAUUCACUGGGGAGUGUUUUCUGUGCCCAGUUUUGGCAGUGAGUGGUUCUGGUGGUACUGGCAGGGCCGGCUGUUCCCCUCCUAUGUUGCUUUUAUGCUGGAAAAUUAUCCACCUGGAUUCCAAUACACAGAAUUUGCAUCGCAGUUUCGGGCCGAGUUCUUCGAUGCCAAGGAAUGGGUUGAUAUUUUUGCCUCAUCUGGGGCCAAAUAUAUAGUCCUGACAACCAAACAUCAUGAAGGUUUUACGCUGUGGGGUUCGAAGUACUCGUGGAACUGGAAUGCAGUGGAUGUCGGACCCAAACGGGAUUUAGUGGGUGAGAUCGCCACUGCUCUGCGAAAAUAUAGUGACUUGCGUCUGGGGCUUUACCAUUCCCUGUUCGAGUGGUUUCAUCCUCUGUACAACGAAGAUGCUAAGAACCAUUUUAACACCACUAAGUUCCCUACAAUGAAGACUUUGCCGGAGCUGUAUGAGAUAGUCAACCAGUACAAACCUGAUGUACUGUGGUCUGAUGGAGAUGGAGAUGCACCUGACUCUUACUGGAACAGCACAGGGUUCCUCGCUUGGCUUUAUAAUGAGAGUCCUGUUCGUGACACCGUCGUGACCAAUGACCGCUGGGGUUACGGCAGCAUAUGUAAACAUGGUGGAUUUUACACCUGUUCGGAUCGAUACAACCCAGGACAUCUGCUGAAACACAAAUGGGAGAACUGCAUGACCAUUGACCAGAAGUCAUGGGGCUACAGGAGAGACGCCAAACUCAGUGACUUCCUCUCCACUGAGCACCUGAUUGCAACUCUUGUUGAGACCGUGUCAUGUGGAGGGAAUUUACUGCUGAACGUGGGCCCGACACACGACGGUCGCAUCGUUCCCAUCUUUGAGGAGAGGCUGCGACAGAUAGGCCAGUGGCUCAGCGUGAAUGGAGAGGCGAUAUACAACACAAGUGCAUGGAGAGUUCAGAACGAUACCGUCACUCCUGGAGUUUGGUACACAUGGAAGCCCAAAGAGAAUGUGAUCUAUGCUACCUUACUUUCGUGGCCAAAUAGUGGAUAUGUUGUAUUGAGUGACCCCAUUGUUUCAGCAUCUACUCAGGUGGUGCUGCUUGGUUAUAAACCUCUACAGUGGGAUUCAGUCAAGCCUACAGGACUCCGGGUUUAUUUGCCCCAGCUGACCUUCAAUCAGAUGCCUUGCUCCUGGGCCUGGACUUUACGACUUACAGGUGUAGCGUAGCCAACAGACAGCAACACAGUUAUCAGUUUCUCUCAGGACUAAUGGAUGUCUAUUUGAAACACAAUAGCUUUUCAUGUAAUCAUUUUCAUUAUAAUAAAAUGCCAUAUCUGUCAGUUUAAUACAAACUGGAGGAAUUACUUAUAACUUUGCACCUUUUUUUUAUUUACAGCAUUUAUUAUGUUCUAAUAACCACUAUUACAGUUAACUUUUACUUAGGGGUUUAGUGGUAACACUUUACAAUAAGGUUGUAUUAGUAAACAAUAGUAAAUGCAUUAACUAACAUAAACAAACAAUGAACAAUAUUUAUUUUAGUUUAACAAUUACAACGCUUAAUUUUCUAAUCCCCGGUUUGACAGACAAGGCUUAAGGUUAGUCCUAGACUACAACACAUGUUUGAGCUGUUUCAACCAAAAAUAACUUGCACUGACAGAUCUUAAAAUAUGCCAGUGUCAUUGAUUUGUCUUAAGAUAUACACCAGUAAUGUCUUUUUCUAAGGCAUGCUUAAACAUCUUAAUUAAACUAAAGCUUAGUCCUGGCUUUAGUUAAGUUUUGUCUGUGAAACCAGGCCUGGAUGUAUUACUAAAUUACGAAAUUAACAUGAACUAAGAUUAAUAAAUGCUGUAGAAGUAUUCUCUAUUCAUUGUUAGUUAGUGUUAGCUAAUGCAUUAAAUAAUUAUUAACAAAUGCAACCUUUUUGUUACCGGGUUGGUGAUACGACAAAGCACUUUGCUGAAGAAUAAACUUUUGUGUGAACAUUAUUCUGCACUAUUUCUGCUAUGGACAUGAAUGAUACCUCACAUCGGAU